AUGAGAACUAAGGAAAUGGAUUCCUGUUUUGCUCCUUUGUGUGACUUUCGCAUCUAUCCCUCCUCCUCCUCCUUGCUCCCCUUCGCCGCCGCCUCCGCCGCCGCCAUAAUAAUAAUAAUAAUAAUAAUCAGGAAGACCUUCUUCCGCCUCCCCUCCUCCCCUCCCUUACCACCUUGCCCAUUCCGCCUCCCAAUCGUCGGUAACCUCCCAUUCCUAGACCCUAAUCUCCACUCCUGCUUCGCCCAACUUUCCUCCACCCACGGGCCCAUCUUCCGCCUCCACCUCGGCUCCAAGCUCGCCAUUGUUAUCACCUCCCCUUCCCUUUCCCGCCAAAUCCUCCGCGACCACGACCCCACCUUCGCCAAUCGCGACGUCCCAGCCGCCGCCUCUGUCAUCUCCUACGGCAGGUCCGACAUCGUCUGGAACCCUAUCGGCCCCACCUGGCGCAUGCUUCGCCGAAUCUGCGUCCGUGAAAUGCUCAGCCCAAGUAACCUCGACGCCGUCUACCAUCUCCGCCGCCGUGAGCUUCGCUCCGCCAUCCGUCAGAUUCAGUCCGCCGCCAUCUCCGGCGAGGUAGUCGACGUCGGUGCGGAGAUGUUCCUCACUGUGCUGAAUAUCAUAACUAGCAUGCUUUGGGGAGGAACAAUGGAAGGCGAAGAAGAGAGGAGUGCGGUGGGGAAGAUGUUCAGGCAUCUCGUCGGAGAAAUCACCGAGCUUCUCGGCCUGCCAAAUGUCUCCGAUUUCUUUCCGGCGAUGUCAAGAUUCGAUCUGCAGGGUAUAGAGAGGAAGAUGAGGGUUUUGCUGGAGAGAUUUGAUGGGAUUUUUGCGAGGAUUAUAGAGAUGAAGAGAGAGAAGGGGCUGAAGGAUGAGAAGAAAGUGGAGGAAAAGAUGGAUUUUUUGGAUUACAUGCUCAUGCUAGAGGAGAAGGGCAAUGAAAGCAAAGAACCUUUCACUUUCACUCAUGUCAAGGCACUGCUUAUGGAUAUGGUGGUUGGGGGAACUGAAACAAGUUCAAACACAAUAGAGUUUGCCAUGGCUGAAAUGAUGAACAAACCAGAGACCAUCAAACAAGCACAAGAAGAACUAGACAAAGUAGUAGGCAAAGACAAUGUAGUAGAAGAAUCACACUUACCAAAUCUACACUACCUAAAUAUGGUCCUCAAAGAAGUUCUCAGGCUUCACCCAGCCUUGCCUCUCCUUGUUCCUCACUGCCCGAGCUCGCCAUGCUCCAUCGGCGGCUUCGCCGUGCCGAAGGGAAGCAGAGUGUUCAUCAACGUAUGGGCCAUUCAUAGAGAUGAAGCAAUGUGGAAAGAUCCGUUGGAGUUUAAACCUGAGAGGUGGAGCUAUGGUGAUGCUGCAGGAAGUGGUGAGUUCAGUUACUUUCCCUUUGGAUCUGGGAGAAGAAUAUGUGCAGGGAUUUCAAUGGCUGAGAGGAUGGUUUUGUACUCUUUGGCUUCACUUCUGCACUCAUUUGAUUGGAAAAUGCCUCAAGGAAUUACAGAGAUGGAUCUGUCUGAGAAGUUUGGGAUUGUUCUUAAGAAGGCUAAGCCUCUUGUUCUACUGCCAGUUCCAAGGCUUUCAAAUCCUCAAUUAUAUUCUUAAUUUGGAAGGAGAGUUUAUGAUAUAUUUGGGGCUGCUGCAAUUAUCUGUAAGUUAGAAGAAAUUAUUGUGCGGAAUCCGAAUGCAUUCGGGUGCGUCGCAUCACCGGACGCACUCGCCCCCAAUGCGUGGCAUGUCAGGAUUCGCCUCCAAACACGUUCGGAUUCUGCACACAAUAAUUUCUCAUAACGUUCGAUUCCGCACACAAUAAUUUCUUGUAAGUUAGGCUUCCGUUUCGGUAAAAAAUUGCUUUAAGAAUAAGUAAAAAAGUUGUCCAAAAAAAGCAUCAGUCAAACUGUUAUCAGAUAAAUAAAUUUUAUGAAAGUUAUUGUGAUUA